UUUCUGGGGUUAUGGAACCCAUCAGAUCAGUUUGUACACAAAACAGUGACUGAACAUAUCACAAAAAACCAAAUUCCGAAACACUCCAUCAAAAUUUUGUUGUUCCAGAUCUAGGAUUUAAAGACAGGGCGACCGAGGAUUUCCCCAACUUGAGAUAAUCCCGAGAACCUCAAGCUCUUGUCUUAAAUACAUAAAACAUGGCCGAGAAGAAGACCGAGGAGGAUAACAAAAGUUUGAGGAGCACUGCUAGUAGUUCUUCGAAUCGUCCAAGUCGUUUGGAGGUCCAAAAUCGCAGACAAGAACAGAACAAUGCUCUAAUCGCUCAACUUUACGCCAGUUUGGAGAGCGAACAUCGUAAAUUAAAGGACUUGGAACAGCGCAGAUCGAAGCUAACCGAGGAAAUGAAAAAUCUACGGGCUCUUCUAUUGGCGGAGAAUCAACGGCGCAAACAGACGGUGGCCCUCGUUCCUGGCAAUCCAAUUCCCAGUGGCAGUCAGAUAGCCAAAACUCCUCCCGAAAAAUCGUCCACUUCCAGAGCCGAUUCCAUCAAAUCCGUCAAAUCUAUGCCUUUGGAGCGCAGAGCUUCCACUAAAUCGGUGACGAUUGCCGAACCACCAACUCCAAAUUUGGCCAUUAGCAAAAAACCAAGGGCAAGCAGUGUCCAGAGUUUUCAGAAAAAAGGAAAUCGACGAAGUCUCAAGGCUCCAGCAACCAAAAAUAAACGGAGAAUCACGCUAGGUAACAUAUCCAAUACCAGAGAGGAUAUGUUAAGCAUGACCGACGAAAUAACUUCUGUGGGCUCGAAUUUGCGAACCCUGGAACAUCGAAGAUCCAAUCAAGAGGCUCGAGAAGACAUGGAUGAAGUUUUGGUUUCACUACCGGCACUUUUUACCCUUUUGGAUGCCCAAACAGAGUCAAUUGAUACUCAAAUUGCAGAUCAAAGUUUGGCCAGAGUACCAGCCACCGAAGCACCUCUUAGUCUUUUAAAUUCUGAUCAAGAUCCUAAUUUUUAUCUGCCAAGUGCUAAUUCUUUGUUCCAAGACUUACUGGGAUACUAUUCCACGCCCCCUAUCAGCAUGUCCGCCCCUUUGACGAUCGAUUUGCCAGAAGUAUUACCCUCAAUUGGCAUAAGCGAUUGUUCUGCGAUCGUGGCAGAAGUAGUUGAAAGCGAAACCGAAGCAGAUUUGCAACCCACAAUAUUUUAAUCCUCUUGGAGAUUCUUCUUACUACUACAACGAUCCCUGGAUCUGGCAACAUUAUUUUAAAUAAUACAGACAUGGAAGCCCAAGCAACCGCUUUAAACUGGGGAUAAAACGCAAUAGCUUUGUACAGCCUUUUAUUUAAGUUAUAAAAUCUUUUACAAAAAGUCUUUACAUUUUAAGGACAAAAUUAACUUCAAAUAAAAGGUGAA